UCCUCCCUCUGCUCAUGCCACGACAUCCCACCGUGCUUUCCCCCUGAAUUAGGAAGAAAGGAAGGAAAGGAUGAGCAGAGGAAGAGCAGAUACCAGCCUUCUAAUCACCCGGCACGCCUGCUUCCUGAGGUCAGGUUGUCAUUCAGUCCUUGCGUGCUGCUCGCUGGCACGCGUUCCUGACUUCCUCAGGAGCUCUUGAGGCCAGAAGCCGUGUCCUCCCUAUCUUCACGCGUCCCAAGGUCAGCAGAGGCCAGGCUUAGAGUGAGCACCCUGCAUGCUUGUGGAGCAUCACGUGAAUGCAUGCCCUCUGCUCUAAUCCUCAUUUUUGAAACUAUCUUUCCAAUUCCAUUCUGGGGAUAAAAGGUCAGAGCCUGAGACUGGCUCCCCAUCCAUCUCACUCAAGCCAGAUGGGGAGGCAGGAACAGCUCUGAUCCCUCCCCAACCUGAGCAGGCAUUUCCGACCCAGCUGUCACAGCUGUAAGAUGCAGGGACCGAGGGAGAGGCCAAGAGAGGCAGGAAGAGUUGGCGGAAGAGUGCUAAGAGGAGAGGAGGAGGCCGAUCCUCCAAGGGACCCGGGAAGGAGAGGGAGCCUACCUGAGACGGUGACCCGUGACCCCUGCCCCGCCCCCUCCAUGCAGUUUCCCAUGGGCCCCGCCUGCAUCUUCUUGAGAAAAGGCAUUGCUGAGAAACAGCGGGAGCGACCACUGGGACAAGAUGAGAUUGAAGAGCUUCGGGAAGCAUUUCUUGAGUUCGACAAAGACAGAGAUGGGUUCAUCUCUUGUAAGGAUUUGGGGAAUCUCAUGAGGACAAUGGGUUACAUGCCCACGGAGAUGGAACUGACUGAACUGGGCCAGCAAAUCCGCAUGAACUUGGGUGGCCGUGUAGACUUUGAAGACUUUGUGGAGCUGAUGACCCCCAAAUUGCUUGCAGAAACGGCUGGGAUGAUUGGUGUCCAGGAGAUGAGAGAUGCCUUCAAGGAAUUUGACACCAACGGGGAUGGGGAGAUCACCCUGGUAGAGCUGCAGCAGGCCAUGCAGAGACUCCUGGGAGAGCAGCUCACCGCCCGGGAAAUCUCCGAGGUGGUUCAGGAAGCCGAUGUCAACGGAGACGGCACUGUGGACUUUGAAGAGUUUGUGAAGAUGAUGUCUCGCUGAGGAGGUCCCGGACGCCCCAGUUACUCGGCACUCGGUCACCACGGAGCGCAUGCGUGGGAAGGACCCAAACUCCGGGGCCCUCCAAGGAGAGCGGGAGGGUGGGCAUCUGAGGGGCGGAUGGACUGAGGUCAGACCGAGCGCAGCACCUUUCCUGGAUUGGAGGAGGGGGUGCGGCUCUAGAAUUAGAAAAAGAAAGGGAGUCUGCGUGGGAACGUGAGGGGUGUGGGGGUCCCACUGCCACUCCCAAAAUACCACCAGUUAAGGACGUCUUUUGACUCCAUGUAAUCCUCAAGCCCCGUGACCUGCCAGGCUGCCCCACUACCUUCCCUUCACUCACCAAACUGUCCAAAAAUUCAGCACACAGCCUAGCUUCCUCCCUUCCUGCCUCAGAUCCCUUCCGUUUCUCUCAUUAAGGGAGAGCUUGUUGAUCACGAGCCAGAAACAAGGGUCUUGCUAAGACAGGGCUUGGAAAUGGUUAAUUAAAGAGGCAUCAGA